CUGUGAUUUUGAAUCGGGGGGGAAGUUUACAGCCGCGCGGACGGACUUUUACUGAGUUCGGUCUGAGCUCGCGGUGCGUCACGCGCUCACAACCUCCUGCUUGGAAGCGCACGAGUCCGGACCCUUCAUACAUGCGCAGACAGCAGAAAGCCGCGCGCCUCUCCUCACGCAGCUUCUUCUUCUUCCUUUUCAAACCCGAAUUUGCGUGAACUCGGAACCUCGGCGGGGACAUGGAUGUCAUCCCGAUGUGCAGCAUCUUCCAGGAGCUCCAGAUCGUGCACGACACGGGAUACUUCUCCGCUCUGCCGUCCCUGGAGGAGUACUGGCAGCAGACAUGCCUGGAGCUGGAGCGAUACCUCCAAAGCGAGCCCUACGUCUCCGCCUCAGACCUCAAGUUUGAGAACCAGGAGGACCUGUGGAGCAAGCUGAUGCUCGCCUGCGGGGACAAGUCCACCAAGUCCGACCCAAAGAUCCCCCACAUCAAGGAGGAGGAAGACAAUCAGGACCAGCACCUUGAUGCCGGCGGCUUCAACUCCGACGCCAGCAGCGAGGCCUCGGACAGCUCGGAGGAGCUCUCCCCUACCCUCGACUUCGCCCCCGGCUCUUUGGCUGACAUUCUGGGCGACAGCGGAGAAGACCUGGGCUCCGCCAUCAUCGGCACGCCGCCCUCCUCGCCCGAGCUCGGCAAGGAGGGCUCAGGAGUAACCCCGGUGUGGAGUGGGAUACAGACUGUGCUGCACUCGCCCGGGAAAAUAAGAACUGGUGCCGUGGAAAGGACCGUGGAAAGAUCUGGGCUGACCAGCGGGGAGGCGUCCCCCGACGGGAAGCGGCGGGUGCACCGGUGUCACUUCAACGGCUGCAGGAAGGUCUACACCAAGAGCUCGCACCUGAAAGCACACCAGCGCACACACACAGGGGAGAAGCCUUACAGGUGUUCAUGGGAGGGCUGCGACUGGCGCUUCGCACGGAGCGAUGAACUCACCCGGCACUUCAGGAAGCACACUGGAGCAAAGCCAUUUAAAUGCAGCCACUGUGACAGGUGUUUCUCCCGGUCUGACCACCUGGCGCUGCACAUGAAGAGGCACAUCUAAGGUGGCCUCCACGUUGACAGCUCGGAGGGCUGAUUCUGGUUGACCGUCCUGACCUGUCGGGGUUCAGCGAGGCCAGACUGUCCUGGUAGAGUUAACAGGGGCACCGCCAUGUUCCAGUCAGUGGAAAAAGAUGAAGCAACGCAGGCUAUUAUUUGCACCAUACUUAGUGCCUCCAACACCUCGCUGUGGAGAUUGCUCUUGAAAAGGCUUUUUCGCAAAAGAACCAGGAGGGCAAAGAGAGACGUGGGAGGGUGGGGAGGGGAAGAAAGUGGGGAAAAAUCUUGGCUGGAAAAGAUGGAAAGAGACUCUUCUGUAUGGUGUUCAAUGCUUUUUACAUUUUUUUUCCUGGAGGAUUAUGGGGUCUCCAGGGUUGGGGGUACCAUCCCUCCGCUGACAGUGUGGUUGCCUGUGCGUGUGAAACUGUGAGUGCCUGAGACUGGAUGCCUGUGCUGGCUUUAGGGCUUGGAUGAGGCUUGCAUUGUGGAGUGAAUGACAUGGAUGAUGAUGGGAUGUUCUCCAUUUUUUUCAUUUUGAGGGGAUGGGGAUAUCUGUUGUCUCACUAAGAAUGAAUGCAAGUAAAAGGUUCUGUCUGUGUCAGUCAAAGUCAGUUCACAAUGGCGGGGAGUAGAAGGAGGUGGGCUAUGUUGCCCCCUGUCUUCGUGGAGGUGGAACUACAGCUCCCUGUCCAAAAAUUGGGAGGUUGUUUUGUUUUAGUGCAGCUACUAAAUGUGCAAUGUAUUGCAUAGCCUGUCUCAAAACAUACACGUUAUAAAGCGCAUUUUGAUGCCCAUUGUGCAAGCCUUCUAUGUUAACAGGAAAGAAAACCCACACCAACAGCAAGCACCAUUAUAACACGAAUUGCAUGGCGUCUGGGGAUGUGUUGCUCACUUGUCUGCAGAUUUCCAUUCAGGAGCAGCUACCGUCAUUAUACUCAGUAUCAUAGUAUUGUACGACACACAUAAGGCAGUCUUCUUUUUGGUCGGAUUUUCUUGAAGCGUUGGGGAAACCACUAUUUCUCAGCCACUGUCUCGAUCUGCACAUUUUGCUUCCUUCUUUGGUUCCGUCUGUCAAUGCACUGUCGACUUUACUGAUGCCUUAUGUAAGUGGCCUUGUCUCGUCAAACAGAUCCCUCCCUCACACACAGAACGGCCGUUGCAGUUGUUAUUGAAUAGCUUUAUAAAGGCUCUGGUCUAUACAGUUGUUUUUUAUAUCGUUUUCUCACCACCCGUUGAAGACUAGUACGAUAGACGGCCCCCGCUUUUACAGCACUCUAGAUUUUAUACUCCAAAAUAAUCCAGAUGGGAAACAGAAUUAUGGAGUUAUUAGGAAUUAAAGCAUCUCAAGUUUAUAGUGCUUUACUACUGUGUAGUAUCAGGUUGUGCAGCUGCAGUGUAGACGAGUUGCAAAAAGGUACAGAACCUUGGAAGCGUGUUCUCAUGAAGUGUGCGUUGCCGAGGCGGUGGCAACUACAAACUUGCAGCAUAGGAAAGGUUUGCGUCAUAACCGGUUAGGUCAGCGUACAAGAGUUAGUGUUGAGAGGGAAGAGGACGGCGGUUUCUAUCAGGUGUUUGGUUUCGUCAGUACCUUUCCUCUUUCAGCCCUUAUCUAAAUUAACGGUACCAAGACCGGUCCAACCAGUUCAGCAGAGCUGCGGGUCUUUGGGUUUCUGUCCCGCUAGCUAAAUAUCAGACUAUUGCCACUAUGAGCAUGUUUUGACUCACAUUACAGGAAUCUGCUUUGGUCAUUUCCUCUCCUUUUCAGUGGAUGAACUUUGAUAGGACAUCAGCAUCCCAGGACCUGAUCGGGUCAACAAACCUGUUGUAGAAAGCUGUUUGGCUUCUUUUUACACUGAAAAAUUUCCUCGAUGCCAAGUUGUGUCGACUUGUAAACUAAUUUUUUUAAGGAAGCUUCUAUUUUAAAUGGACAUGGGACCAAAAAAAAGAAGUGAGAUGUGAUGUUUCUAAAAGGAGAAAAAAUCUGAAGACAUUGUAAAAUAGAUGUGCUCCAUUGUCUUUUUGAUUUUCUUUUUGUGCAUACUUGUUUUUUUUAAGAGAAAAACAUUGCAAAGUGGAACAAAUGUACAUUUUUCUCAGCAGCACCUACACCUGUGGCCUAUCAUCUUUGAGGAAACCAACAAUCUUUUCAGACAUGAAUGCUUCUGGACACUCGAAUUGUCAAAUCCUUUUAUUCCGGUGCCCGCCAAUUUAAAUUUUUAUUAUUAUUAUUAUUCUUUUUUGCAACCGAUUCUGUUUCUGUGCAUUUUCAAUUUGCCAUGUAAGUUAUGUAAUUUCUUUUUGAAUUUUCAGAAACCUGUGAAGAUGCCCUAUCUUUAAGCCAGAGAAUCUUUAUUGGAUGAACACAGAAAAUAUGAGGCUCUAUUUUUGUUUGUUUUAUGGCAUAACAAGAUUUUUUCAUUUAAAAUUUUUUUGUAAAAUAGUUUCUGUAUGAAUGUAUUUUUUAUUGAAAAAUGGAUAAAAAGACUUUAUUGGUUCUACA